AUGGCUGGACGCUUGAAUCUAGGUGAUCUGGCGGGAUCCAAGGAGGACACUAUAACCCAGGAUGGCACCGAGAGUCGACUCCUCGAGCUACCGCCAGAGCUGAGAAAUAGAAUCUACGAGUAUUGCCCCAUCGAGCGUGGGAGAGCAAUCGUCAUAACAGCAGCACUCAAGCAGCCAGCAAUGCUCUCUGUAUGCCGGCUCAUACGCUCCGAAGCGCUCGACGUCUGGUACCAGUGCAACGACUUCGACAUACACAUUACCGACUGCGACGCCCAGCUUCUGCGAUCCUUCCAGAAGCAUCUCAAACACUCCAGCACUCCACUGAGUUCUACGAAGAUAGUAGACAAGUCGGGAGAUAGGCCAGGACUCGCCAUCACAGUCUCUGGUGCUCACUGGGAGAUUGUCCUACAGUGGGCACAGUGGGCAUAUCAGCGUAAGGCCCUUGGGCCACGCCGCGCAGACUCCGCCGACAACAACACAGAGUCAGUCGUCUGUGCGAUUAUGGACAUUGCUGAGACCGCUGCGAAGGAUGGGCUGCCGUGGGUAGCGUGCAAGACCAUGAUUGAGGGGCUAAGAGACCUGGCCAGCCGUGUAGACUCUCGUUGA